AUGAUAAGAUCAAUCAAAUUAAUUCCUAAAAUCUCAAUCCGUCCACUCCCUGCUAGAUACACUCAAAUUAUACGUAGAAUGUCAGAUAAAACAGAGCAAGAAUGGAAAUCAUCCCUUACUCCUGAACAAUAUCACGUUUUAAGACAAAAAGGAACAGAAAGACCUUUCACCGGAGAAUAUACUGAUUACUUUGCAGAAGGAACUUACAAUUGUGCAGCAUGUGGCAAUCCGUUAUACGAUCUGUCUACAAAAUUCAAGUCUCACUGUGGAUGGGCAUCUUUUUGGGCUGCUAGACCAGAUUCUAUCAUUUUGCAAGAAGAUAAUCUGCAUGGAAUGCAAAGAACAGAGAUCUUAUGUGCCAAGUCAAAAAGUCACAUUGGUCACUUAUUCCAUGAAUAUUACCCAAAUAACCCUACUAAUGAUAGACAUUGCGUUAAUUCCGUGUCUUUAAAGUUUGUUCCGAAGGCUGAGAAUUGA